UUGGCCCUGCCAGCUCCUCCUGGGGCCGCAGGUUUUUGGUCUGUCGCCGGAAGUAAUCGAGCAGUUGUUGAAAGGCUGGGCGAUCUAGGAUCGCGCUCUCCCGAGCCACAGUGUUUUGGGGGCUUGCUCUGGGUCACUUUUUUAGAGGAGGGAGAGAAGUCUUUAACCCUUUUUACUGACAAUCCUGACUGCUCUUCAGAAGCGUGGUACUGCUGCUGAUUUCAGCUUUUGCUGUGAAGAAAAAUCACCAUGUCUUCCUCCAGACUGGGGCUUCGUUUGGCUGCCUGUUUACUAAACAUUUCAGAAGCCAGAAGAAAAAACAUUGUUGAGAACAUAGCAAAAGCAGCUCUUCUUGAAAAAAAUGGACAGAAACACCCUGAAGUAUCCGUGCUCAAUAUAUUUUCUGAUCGAGACUACAACAGAUCGGUCAUUACAAUAGCAGCUUCUGUUGAUGACUUAGGCAAUUCUGUUCUGGCUGCCUGCUUGGAGGCCUUCCAGUCCAUCAAUAUGGAGCUUCAAGAGGGGGUCCACCCUUGUCUGGGAGCGGUGGACCUGAUUCCAAUCUACCCUUUGUCUGGUGUCAGUGUGGAAGAGUGUGGAGCCGUGGCCAGAAGCCUUGCUGAGAGUCUGCUGCUGCGCGCGCCCGGCUGCAGCCUGUUUCUCUUUGGGGAGGCCGACCUGCCUGAGAAGCGCACUCUCGUCCAGAGAAGGAAGCAGUUGGGCUGGUUCACGAGGAGGGAUUUCAGCGCUCUGGAACCCGACCUGGGAGCUGCGCCUGCCAGGAGAUGUGGUUUAACAGGCAUUGGCGCUAGCCCGUAUGUGAUGAACUGCAAUGUUACCAUAGACUCUCAAGACUUGGCUGUGGGAAAAGAGAUUGCUGCUGCCAUUCGGGGCUCAAGUGUGAAUGGAUUGAAGGGCAUCCAAGCGAUGGCUUUUCCUCAUGAAGGGAAAAUUGAGAUAGCUUGCAACGUAGAGAGUUUUGAAGAUCAAGAAGCUACAGAAACCUCAGAAGAAUCUCAAUACAUGGCCUUCAGUGUCCUUGGGGACCAUUUUUCUUAUGUAUCUCCUCAUUACAUAGAAGCUCAGGUUAAAAAGUUGGCGAGUGAUCGGGGAAUUGGUACCAUAGGGAGAGCAUUAAUUGGAUUUACACCCCAAGAAUGCAAGAACUGUGCCGAAUAUGCUAUAAAGGAAAGUAUUGGAGAAUUCUGGAGGAUACGAGGAGGUGUUUUCAUGUGAUCCAAUCUAAGAUUUUGUUGAAAUUUUAAGGAAAACGAUCAAUCAUUACAAAGUUUUCUUUUGACCAGUGAAGAUGAGGGGAAGAUACAAAGAGCUUGGUUGUAGCUGUGUUUUGGAAAAUUAGGAGCAUUCUCUAUUCAGCAACAACAAGUGUUUAUAGAUUGUCCGUAAUUGCCCUAUGAUAUUUCUAGUCGUCAUUAAAACUUCUCGAGAACCUACUCUGCAUCAAAUUUCUGCUCUUGUGUGUGUUAGCAGCGCUGCUGAGUCAUCUGGGUAAAAUGGCCCUCGUUGCUGAAUCACCUUUUUUCUUUUCAAAGGUUCAGAACGGCUCUUUAUUCAGUCCCUCCUUCCUCAUCCUCAAGAGAAGAGACUAUUAACCUUUUUUUUUUUGAAUCACCUUUAAUUAUUGUGUACAAAACUAAAAAUGGACUCAAUUUAUUUGGUUCUUCUGAACUCUUUAUUUCCAAGUUCUGUAGUCAACUCUCAUAUUCUGAGUAAUCAUUUUUUUUAAAUGUACACUUUAAAGAAAUCAAACUAAGUGACUAAAACUGGGGAGAAUUAUAAAAUAAGGUUACUCUUUCAAAGCAUGGUUGUUCUUUCUUGCCUUUCUACUCUUAGGAUGACCCAUUGUUCAUUCUGGAGAUGACUCCAAAAGCCAGAUUUAUCUAAUUUUCCUAUGUUUAUGUAUGGAGAUGGAAUGACGCUGUUGGCCAUGACGCCAAGGAAUUGGGGAAUUUAACUGAAAAGUCUGAAGCUUUCGGGAAUAUAUUGCUCUUGAGCAAAGAGAAGGGCGUUGGUGGAAGCAUUGUAUUUGAAAGAAAUAAAAAUAUGCUGCCUCUUUAUGAAGUAAAAGAAGCCACUUGUUGAUUCUGGCAUUUUGGUGUAAAUCCUUAGUAUUUAUAUUGCUUUAGAACAAGGUACUUUCUAUCCAUAAAGCAUACAGAAAUGAAUUUUUCCAUAGAUUUUUUUUUCUUGCUAAAGAAAGAUUAUGGUCUUGUCUAAUAAAGCACAUAAUGUGAAUUUAUUUUAAUUAAUUAAAAAUAAAUAAAGAGGUUGAACUCAAUCUUUUUAUAGGACCCAGUAGUUUAUCCUAGUAUUGUUUUUACUUAAUUUGACUCGACUCUGAUGGCAUGAAUUUUGUUCCAGAAUUAUGCUGCUUUAGUUGUUUUCUUCUUGCUGUCAAUGUAAAUACAACGAAGGUAGAGAAACGAUGGAGCAGGUCUGGUUUUCAGGCGUAGGGAAGUUUGGUCGCUGUGGUGA